AUCAUUUUGAUUCGCGAACUACGUUCUUUGAGAGAUAGGAUUUUAAGAAAGAGACAUAACUACACUUUUGCUUGAGAAGAAAUGGCGUUUAGUAAAAAUGUACUUCGGGCGAUAUGCAUUCUCAUUAUGGGUUUAGCUUCCAUAAAAAGUCAAACAUCAUAUACUGGAACUGAAAUCCACGCUUCAGCUUCAACAGCUUCACUAACGAGUAGUGUAUCUACUACCGGUACACCCAGCAAUGAUCCUUUAAAAGGGUUUAAGAUUGUUUGUUUGUUUAAUAAUAUGAAAUACUAUAAAGAAGGCUUCACUCCAGCUAUGAUUGAUCCUACACUGUGUACGCAUGUUAAUUACGAGUUUGCAAUACUAGAUGAUAUGACCUAUGAACUGAUGACUGGAGAGCCAGAUUUGGAUGUUCAUGAAAAUUUCUAUCAGGAGGCAGUUGAUCUGAAGAAGAAAAAUCCUAAUUUGAAAGUAAUGCUGUCAUUAGGUGGAUGGGGAGACAGUACAAAGAAGUAUUCGGAUUUAGUAGCGUCGUCAUCAAGGAGGAAGAAUUUUAUAAAAAAAGCUGUGGAAUUCAUAAAAGCUCACGGAUUUGAUGGAAUAGAUGUUAGCUGGCAAUAUCCCAAUUGCUGGCAAGGUGCUAUUGGAGUACAUCCGGACGAUAAGGAGAAUUUUGCAAAAUUUUUACAGGAACUUCGAAAAGCAUGUGAUCAGGCUGAUCUGACUCUGUCUGUUAGUGUCGGGGCAAUUAAGCGUGAGGUCGAAGCUGCAUAUGACAUUCCUGCUAUUUCAAAGGCUGUGCAUCAUAUUAAUCUAAUGACAUACGACAUGCACGGACCGUGGGAAGGAAAAACAGGUCACCAUGCUCAAUUUGAUAAAACUCCAUCGGAUGCAGACCCUUAUGCUAAUGUAAAAUCAGCUGUUCAAAUCUGGAUAAGCGGAGGAGUUGACAAAAAGAAAUUGAUUUUAGGAAUACCUUUAUAUGGGAACACAUUCACAUUAGUUGAUCCUAAGAAGCAUGGAAUAAGGUCUCCUGCUAAAGGCCCAGGCAAACCUGGCCCAAGAAGCAAGCAGGGCGGAUUCAUUGCUUAUAACGAGGUAGAUUUUCUUUUGGAUUUUGCAUUAUCAUUAUUUUAA